GUAUUAUAUUAUGCUUUUUCUCUCGUUGGUCGCCGCCGUUCAUUCUAGCCUAUAUCCAUGUUACAAUUAUUUACAUUACGAUUCGUUUUGGCUGCCGCAAGGACUUGAACGUUUAGACGAUACAACACACAAAUCAAAAAAGGUAUUGUUCACCCAACACCGCACUAAUAAUUUAUUCUGAAUAUACUGAUCGAAGACGAUUGCGACUACAAACAAGCGAAACAACUCUUUUCUACUGAAGUAUACGACUGACGCGCACACGCUCGAUCGCCGGCGAUAACGCGUUCGGCCAGACGCCAGACGCCAAACAGCAUUUCCGAAUAUUUAGAUUCACGAAUUCGACGUACGUCCUUGGUGAUUAAAUACCAACGUUUUAAAAAUGAGUGAACAAACUAUUUCAUACUCAUAUGGUACGGAAGUUUGGGUAAAAUUGUUCAAUCGUUAUUGGUGGCCCGGUGUAGUUGUAGAUCCCCUUACAAUUCCAGAUGAUCUGUUAGAGUAUGUGAACAAGGUUAACCCUAUCGCUGUGGUUAAAUUUGAAAAAGAACAGAAAUAUGAAGUUGUCCUCAAAAACGAUAAAAUAUUGCUAUACUCAUGCCCUCGUAAAAUGGAAUUGGUUAAAAAAGGGUAUACUUUACAUAAGAGCCAAGAAAGAGGUACACAUUCAUCAAGUCAUUUCGAUAUGCAGCACUUUUUGACAGACGUUGUAACAAUAGAAAAGCGUAUUGGAGGUGAUAUUCUUAUUUUUGAAAAUAUAGAUAAAGCACAAGAACAAUUGAAGUCCAUCAUGAAAUGUUUCACCCCUGAAAUAAAAAAGCCCAAGAAGAGUGGUAGAAAGUCUUUACAAGAAUUACAAGAAUUACAGCCACCUACACCGCAAACGAAAUCAUCUAUACCACAAACAAAACCAUCUAGAUCACAAUCAAAAUCAUCUACAUCACAAUCGAAACCAUCUACACCACAAUCGAAACCAUCUACACCACAAUCAAAACGAACUCCUGCUAGAAAACAAAAAUCUUUACCUCCAUCAAGAGCUGUUAAACUCCAUACACCCAUUAGAACAUCAGUAGCAAAUGGUUAUUCUUGUCAUGUACAUGUUAACUGUACUUACUCAACUAAUCGUUAUGAUCUUUUAAAACGGCAUAUGGCAACGCAUAAAAAUGAUACCAAAGAGGAAACAGUCAAAAAAUUACCUAGUUCUAAUACUAAUAAACGAAAGAAUUUAAAGAACAAAUUAUCAGACGCAAAAAAAAUAAAAUUACAAGACGAGUUAUUAAAAGAUUGGGAAAAUGAUGGUGACGAUGAAGAUGAGGAACUUAAUACAAGUAAUGUGUCUACCAUAGUUGAAGAUGUACAAAGUACAAGUGAAGUUGCCCCAACCCUGGCUGAAGUUAUGCCAACAACAAGUAAAAGUAAUGAUUUAUCCAUCUCAAGUGAAGUUAUACCCACUAAAACAAGUGAAGUCUUGCCCACCACAACAAGUGAAGUCUUACCCACCACAACAAGUGAAGUCUUGCCCACCACAACAAGUGAAGUCUUACCCACCACAACAAGUGAAGUCUUACCUUCCAUAACAAAUAAAGGUCAAGAAACUAAUAUAAAUCUUGGUAAAAUUUUAGAUUUAAAUGAAAAUAAUAAAAAUACCCCUGUUAUAGAACAAAGACAAAGUCAACCUGACUGUAGCUCAACUGUGGAUGAUAUAAGUGAUAAAUUUGAAAUGCAGUUAACUUCAGAUUUUAUAAAAAAAGCAAUUCUCGAAACAUCACCAAAGGAAUCUGUAUUAGUUGAGGAAAUUAAAAAAGGUCCUUCUAAUGAACCUUGUGAAAUCUAUUCAAAUGAGUUUGCAAAUGAAAUUGAUGAUCAAACAAAAAAUACCGAAUUAUUAUUAGAAAAAACAGUAAAUACUUUGGAUCAUAUAAGCCAUUUUGAAAGUUCUUUAAGUGGAAUUUCGAAUACUAUAAAUAAAUCUGAUUCAAAUACGUUGACUAAAGAUGACAAUAUUGUUGGUGUACCUGAGUCAAGUGAAUUCGACUCUCUAAAAGAACCUACUAGUCCAAAUAAAGAUAUUUGUACAGAGGCUAAUAGCAACAUAGACAUUGUUGAAAAUAUUACUAUUCAAACUGAAAAUCGAGAAAUUGAUGAGGAGAAAACUAUUGAUAUAGAGGUAGUUCCAGAUGAUAUAGAAAUUAAUCAGCCGAAUGAUACAACAAUAGAUAAGAGUAUGCCUAUUGAGGACUCAUGUUCUAUGUAUAGUAUUUCAAAUGAAAUGGGUGCUAAAGAUGUAACCAUCGCAGAAAACGAUAAUAGUAAGCGCCUGAUAAAUGAUGUAAGAGAUCGUGAUUGGACAAAAGAUAAUUGCUGGCCACCAGGAUUUAGGAAAGCUAAUUCAUAUUCUGCUGAACUCAAGCUGCCUACUAGCCACGAGUAUACACUGCCUGAGUUUUUGAAGUGACCUCCUCAAACAAUAACAGGACAUGUGUUCAGGUGGUGGUUUGGUUAGCACAAUGACGUCAAGUAAAACAAAUACAAAUACUGGGGGAAAUCCAGAGAUUGUUCACUGCCAGAUUUGUCAAGUUUUUUCGUGUACAUUAGAUUUAAAGUUUAAACACUGUGAACCAUUUUUAAAAUCUUAGUAAGGUCUAAGUAAGGGGGAUAUAUUAAUAUAUAAGUUGCACUUGAUCAGAAAAAUAAGCUGCACAUUUCUUCUUUAUCUUUCACUGCCAAUCACUAUUAUGUUAUAUUAAUUUAAUUUUGGUACUUGUUUUUAUGCUGCAUAACAAAUAUUAUGCUGUGUGAGCUAUUUCUUAAAUUAUUACCAGUUAAUUUAUUUUUAUAAAUCAUUAUCCACACAUUUAAACUAACUCAUUAGUCAUUAGGCUCAUCAUAAUAUUAUAUUUACAGUAUGAAACAAUAAUGUGAAAAGACUGCUAGUUUAUUUGAAUUUUUGUAAUGGUAUGAAAAAUAUCUUAACAGCUUUUGGUAAAUUUUUAACUGGUAACUAGUUACAUACAUCACCAAAAUUAUUUUGUACAUGGCAUAUAAGACAAGUACCUUAGGUUUGUUUUUAUAGUAAAUAUUUUUAUUUUAUUGUUGACUGUUAAUUUAUUUAUCUAUCAUUUUUUUUUCAACUGAGGAACAAAAUUAACUUUAUUGUUGAACAAUAAUUUUUUUGUCAUCUUACAAAUUCAUUUUAAUAUACAUAUUAUAUUUAUGAUAAUUAUGGAAGUAAAUAAUAUAUUUUUAUAAUCAAAAUAAUAAUUGUAUAUCGACAACAAUUAAAUUAUUAAUCCAAUGAAAUGUAUAUGUAAUACAUCUAAUAUUUAUUAUUAAUUAUAGCCACAAAUAGUAUAAUAUGUUAUUAAUGAAUUUAUAUUAAGUUUUAUUAUUGAUACAAUUAUGAAUACUCGUAGGAAUUUUUAAAUGUUGUAUAACAAGCACAGAAAAAUAUGAAUUAGUAUAAUAUACUUAACAAUAAUUGUAACAUAUUAUUGUACAGUAUAUUUCUAAAAUAAAUAAUUAGAGAUCUAAAGUAAAAUGUUACCAUUUAAUGUCAAUCAGAUAUAUUAAAAAUGUAGAAAGUAUCAAUGGUUAGUUUAGUUUUAAUACUUAAAUCAAUCCACAAAUUAUAGAUAGUGUUUAUCAUAAUAUUAACGAACAAAAACAUAUGAAACAUUAUGUUAAUUUAACACUAUUAGUUAAUUUGUAAUUUUGUACAGUAAAACCCAUAUAAUAAGAAUAUAAGAAGGGAUUGACAAUUUAAGAACGAAAAAUAUUUUGUUUUAUUCUCUUGUGUAUAUGAAAAAUAUUGUUGAGUUAUUAAUUUAAAUUGUGUACACUAUAUAUUUUAUUAUAUGAGCUACGUGAUUAGGUGAUUUCUAAAUUUGUUUUUGACAUUAUUUUAAUAAAUAUAUAAUAUUUUAAUCUUAAGAAAUGACAUUUAUAUAUAUAUUAUUUUUAGUUAUAGCCAAAAGAUAGUUUAAAAAGAUUGAUUAUGAUAAAUCAUUGUAAAUAUUUUAUGCUCUAUAUAAGUUAUGAAACUAUAUUUUCUUAAGCUUUAUUUAAAGUAUUUCAAUUUAUAUAUUUACUAAUACUAUAAGAUUUUAUUUUGUUGUUUUGAAAAAUUAACUUAAAAUUUAAAAAAAUACAAAUAUUUUUUUUAUACGCCUAUUUAUUUGGGUAUGAUAUUAUAUUUAAAUAUAACUUUAAAUUUAAGUGCUAAACUUAAUAAGAAAUAAUGUUUAUUUUAUAUUUACCGCUUGUUUAAUUAUUUUUAUUUGUUUUCGUGUACAAUGACAAUUAUAUUUACAAUGAUUAAGUUGAUGAGCUUUUUACAUUGUAAAAUAUUGGACUAUUGUGUUUUGGACAUAAUAUUUCUAAUAAUUAAAAAAUAUAUAUAAUUGUGCAAUAUCUACGCUUUAUAAUAAUAUACAUUUUUUUUUAAGAAAUAGUAUGAUUUAUAAUAUAUAAUUGAAAAAAUGUUGCAAUAUAUAUUUAUUUUCAUAAAUUA